AUGGCAGAGGACGAGGAAGACGACGAGAGCUUCGGCGACUUCAAGUUCGCUUCCGUUCCCAAUCAACCACUCCCUUCCACCUCCGGUUGGGGCAACUUCGUCAACCAUUCCAAUCACAUCAAUGGCACCACCGUUUCAAAACCCUCUGAUCCAUUUACAGUUUCCCCGGAUCCCCUCGGGAAAACCGCAAACAAAGCUCGCGGAGCUAUUCCGCUUUCAAUCUUCGGCGAGGAAGAAGAUGAUGAACCUGUUUCUGAUUCCAGUUCCAAUGAUUUUUUCUCCAACGGUGGUGGUGCUGUUGUGAAAAAGGGAUCCGAUUCGAAUGGUUCCGUUGGAAUUAGUGAUUUGAUUUCCAAUUUGUAUCAUCAGCAAAACGGAUCAGCUUUGAAAUCCAAUGUCGGCUCUACCAGUCCGAAGAAAUCGAGUGUAAACGAUUUGAAUCAGGAUGAGGAGGACGACGAGGACGAUGGAUGGGAAUUCAAGUCUGCGGAACGGGAAACUGUAAAUGAAAACUUCAAUGUUAAGGUUGAAACGCCCAAGCAUGGUAACAGUGCAGUUGGAGCUGGUGCUUUGUUAGACUCAUCUGACAAAGUUGGUGAACGGAACCUGGGGUUUGAGUUCAGUCCUAUUUCUGCAUCUCACAGCCUACAGCUAAGUCCGAAAGGUGAAUCAAAUGAAAAUGGAGCUGGGUUUACCAUGUUCAAUCAAACUUUUGGGAAGUUGGCAAAUGCACAUUCAUGGCCAGGAUCAGAUCAAACUUUGGAAGCACCAAAAAAGGAUAAUUUAUAUCCCACUGCUGUAGAAGCACUCAAUGAUGAUGGUGGAGCUUCCCAUAGUACUGUUGAUCCAUAUCUUGCAUCACAAUCUCAUCAAUCUAAUGGGUGGGGCUUUGACUUUAAUUUCAAAUCUAGUUCCAUGGGCAAAAACAGUGUAUUUUCAGAGUCAUACUUCGUAACGGAAAAAAACCACGAUGAAAACAACAAAAGCAGUGCCUCUCCAACCAAUGUAAAUGAUGAUUCAAAUUUCAAUUUGUUAGAACCAAAAGACGCAGUCACGGAAAUAGGAAUAAAACAUGAGAAGCCGCUAACAGCUUCAGAGAAUCGUAGGGAAGCCUUGCCUCUGUCAAUUUUUGGUGAUGAUAUGCCUGAUACAAAUGAACAUUCUGUAUCUCAAGAUUUGUCUCCCCAUGCACCAGUAUCUCCAAUGCAGAACAACUUUAAUAGUCCUGGUUCCAACAUAUCUAUCAAUGACUUGAUAUGGAGUUUAUAUAGUCAAAGUGAAAACAAAACUUCUCCUAAUGUGACACCAAAAGCAAGUGAAAAUCAGAUACGUGCCUCCCUCGAAUUAACAGGCUCCGGUUUGGACUACAGUGAUGAUUUUGAUGAUGACUUUGGGGACUUUAAGGAUGCUUCACCUGAAACCACAUUAGCCCAGGAAUCUGCACGAAACACGUCUCUUAAUCAUCCAACAGAAGUCAAUCAGAAUGGGUUGCAAACUUCUUUGGAUGUUUUAAAUUCUGAUUUGAUCAAUGAUAAUGAUGGUUUUCAAGAAGAUUCGUGGGAAUUUAAGGAUGCUAUAUCUGGAAAAAGUACUCAAUAUCAAGCAUCUACUAUAGAUCACAGAGAUUUACAGAUGCAGUUAUCCACCAAAUUAAAACCAUCUGAUUGUGUGGAGUUUUUUAGCACAUUGAAGGAUGAGUUGUGCAAUAAUGUCCUGUUCCAUCUUCAGAACCUUAAGAAAGCUCAAGAGGUUGCAGCUCUUUCGGGUGAAGAUGCGAAAGUAAAAGCUCUUGAGGUGGAAAUUAAGGAAUUUUCUCGGAUACUGCAUCAGCAUCAUAUGAGUGUGCCCGUUGAAUAUCUCUCACAAAAUUAUUCGCCAAGAAAUGUGAACUUUGAUGAGCUUCUUAAAGUUUUAAAGGAGCCAAAGUUCCUACCUCUUGAAUCUGAAUACCAGCUAGCAUCAAGGUUGUCUGUGGCUGAGACGGAUAUAAAGUCUGCUAUGGAACUCUUGAAAGAAUCAGUAUCAACAUUAAGAAUUCUCAAGUUGGGGUCAGUAGAAGAACAAUCUAAUUAUCUUACAAUGUGGUCCAAGAUUGUCUUUGUUUGUUCUCAAGAGCUGCAACAUGGUGCUUAUACCUGGAAGCAAGCUGUACAAAAGAACGUCCAUGACCAGUUAUUAUCUAUCCCAAAAGGUGUUCAGUAUGUCCAUGCACUUGGAGAAAUUUAUAGAGUGGCAGAAAUUGUUGGAGCUUCGGCCAAAUUUCACAAACCAUGGAUCUUAUCAGGACUUGAAGAAGCUCUUUCUAGUGUAUCAAAUAAUAAUAACUUUGAUGCCAAUGGCAUCUCAAGGGACUUAGUUGAAUCCAUUAAGUACAUUCAUGAGCUUGAUGAGCAUGUACUUCAGACCUAUGUCUUUUCAGGAGAGGAAACUACGUGCCAAUUGUCAGCCUUGCCUGCUGGUUGCAUACCAGGAUUAAAUUUGGUGACGUGGAACGGGAAGCAUUGCUUUGUCAAGCUCGCAAACUUGUGGGUCAAUCUAAUAAGUUCAGAUCCUCCCAAGUGA